AUGGCUAAAACUCUGCUCCAGAAUUACCUCGACUGGAACGAUCCAGGUAAUCUCGGUAAGAACCUAAAAUCGUUCAUAGACAUCUUGGGAGACUUCUAUUUUACAGCUCCCUCCAUUUUCUUCGCUGACCAUCACGCCAAGUCAAACAGCAAUACUUACAUGUACCGUUUCACACUGAACCCCUCCCUGCGGAGCCUGGUGUACGACCCCCCUGAGUACCCGGGCAAAGUCGGUGCUGACCACGGAGAUGAGCUUCCUUUCGUCUUCGGCUACCCGCUCCUAGAGGAAGGACUCACACCAGACGCCAGCCAAGUGGACAAAGAACUUUCCUAUGACAUGAUCCGCUAUUGGACAAACUUUGCACGCUUUGGCAUAGAGAUGGUAUCGUGCAAGGGGGCCCAGAACUGGAAGGAGCAGAUGCGCAGUCUAAGGAUUCACCAAAAGGCUCACGUAAAAGUAGGUGAAGGACUUGUUGAUGUCUAUACCAAUAUCCCGUACGCCAAACCUCCGGUGGGCGAACUCCGAUUUCAGCAUCCGGAGUUGCCGGAGCCUUGGCAGGGAAUACGUGAUGGAACCGUCACUCCUCCGGCUUGUAUCCAGCCAAUUUCCCCAGAGGUAUCCUUGUUACAAGAUCUCACUGAUGUGAGUGAGGACUGUCUGUAUUUGAGAAUUCACGCUCCCAGAGAAGAAAACAAAACUGACCUGCUGCCCGUCUUGGUGUUCAUAGACGGGAAAGACUUCCGUCACGCUGAUGGUGUACACUUAGACCUCUCUAACUUGGCCGCUUUCGGGAAAAUGGUCGUUGUUACGCUAAAUUACAGGUUAGGAUCUCUGGGCUUCUUCAGCACAGGUCUCAAUACUGAUGUGACCGGUAACUACGGGCUUGGGGACAUUAUAUCCGCACUCACAUGGGUGCAGAAAAAUAUCGCAAACUUCGGCGGCGACCCUGAGAGGGUGACGUUAGGUGGUCAGGAAUCAGGGGCAAUCAGCGCUCAUAUCUUGCUCUUCGUGCCCCAGUCCGAAGGUCUCUUCCACCAGAUGCUGUCUUUUGGAGGGUCAGCCUUACAACCGUCAGCUGUUGACUAUAUUGAAGGACGGCUGGAAAAAGUAAAGACUUUCAUUGAAGAUGUGGGCUGUCCAACCCUACCUUAUCAAGCCAUGAUGACAUGUCUCUAUUCCAAACCGGCUCACGUUUUUGCCACUCAAAACCUAACUCACAUGCCAGACGUUAACUUUGGUCCCGUCAUAGAUAGAGUGUUCAUCACUGACGACAUGACGAAGUUAGCCGAGGACAAAGGUUCCAUCAUGUGGACGCUUUGUUUGGCUACGACGAAGACUACAUGA